AUGCAAAUUCCAUCAAUUGUAUUAAAAGAUGAUCAUUUCUUUCUUAUACAAACACUCUCGAAUUUAACUUAUCAAUCUCUUCAUAUUGAUGAUGCUAUCCAGAUAAUUUCUAAUGAAAAAAGAUUAAAAAUUUCUGAAUGUAAAAAAUCAAAUCGAUCUUUAUUUGAUAAACAAGAACAUAAAAUUCCAUCAAUUUUUGAAAAACAACAAACUCAAAUAUUUACUAAUACUAUAUUUGACGUCUAUAUCCCAUUUAUUAAUAGAAUGAUUAGUCAAGGUACAAAAUAUAUUGGAAAAAUUCAAUCAUAUGUUCAGGGAGAUCGCAACAAUAAUAAACUUUUUUUUAACAUUACUGGUGGUUACCGAUUUUGUCCUAAAAAAGGGACGCAUCAUAAACGAAAUGGUACAGCCAUUAUAAUAGAUAUAUCACAUGAUACAUAUGCUAUAAGAUGCAAAGAUCCAUGUUGUGAUAAUAGCUUUUUAACAUGGCACCAUAUAGAUAAAUAA